CCACAUCACAACCAAAUAGUCCCUCACUUUGCCACUAUCGACGGCUGCUAUUUGUCUACCCUUGUCUCGUGAGCACUCUACUAUACUACUAUAUAUAUAUAUCCCGCAGAAAAACCCUAAGAAAGUGUAGUUAAAUUCACUGGCUCAAGAAAAACUGAAAAGAAAAUCUCAGUCCGAUCGAAGAAACUUGAAUGGCUACUAUUAAGGUUGUCAAGGCCCGUCAAAUUUUCGACAGCCGUGGAAAUCCCACUGUCGAAGUUGAUGUCAAACUAUCUGAUGGAACCGUAGCUAGAGCUGCUGUGCCAAGCGGUGCUUCAACUGGUAUAUAUGAAGCUCUAGAGUUGAGAGAUGGGGGAUCGGACUAUCUCGGGAAAGGUGUCCUUAAGGCCGUUGAGAAUGUGAAUUCCAUUAUUGGACCAGCACUGAUUGGCAAGGACCCAACAGAGCAAACCCAAAUUGAUAAUUUUAUGGUGCAACAACUUGAUGGAACAGUUAAUGAAUGGGGUUGGUGCAAACAGAAGCUUGGAGCAAAUGCAAUAUUGGCAGUGUCCCUUGCUGUUUGCAAAGCGGGUGCUACUGUCAAGAACAUCCCACUAUACCAGCACAUAGCAAAUCUUGCUGGAAACAAAUCCUUGGUUUUGCCAGUACCUGCUUUCAAUGUCAUCAAUGGAGGUUCCCAUGCAGGCAACAAACUGGCGAUGCAGGAAUUCAUGAUUCUCCCUGUUGGCGCAUCGUCUUUCAAGGAAGCUAUGAAGAUGGGUGUGGAAGUGUAUCAUCACCUGAAGGCUGUGAUAAAGAAGAAGUAUGGACAGGAUGCCACUAAUGUGGGAGAUGAAGGUGGCUUUGCACCAAAUAUUCAGGAAAACAAAGAGGGUCUUGAAUUGCUGAAGACUGCCAUAGCUAAAGCUGGAUAUACAGGAAAGGUUGUGAUUGGGAUGGAUGUUGCUGCUUCAGAAUUCUAUGACAACAAAGACAAGACAUACGAUUUGAAUUUUAAGGAAGAGAACAAUGAUGGAUCGCAGAAGAUUUCAGGCGAUAGUCUGAAGAAUGUGUACAAGUCAUUUGUUACUGACUAUCCAAUUGUAUCCAUUGAGGAUCCCUUCGAUCAGGAUGAUUGGGAGCACUACUCAAAGUUGACGGCUGAAAUUGGUGAGCAGGUGCAGAUUGUUGGUGAUGAUCUGCUUGUUACAAAUCCCAAGCGGGUGGAGAAGGCCAUCAAAGAGAAGACCUGCAAUGCUCUUUUGUUGAAGGUGAAUCAAAUUGGUUCAGUUACUGAAAGUAUUGAAGCUGUGAAAAUGUCCAAACGUGCUGGAUGGGGUGUAAUGGCUAGCCACAGGAGUGGUGAAACUGAAGAUACUUUCAUAGCAGAUUUGUCUGUUGGAUUGGCCACGGGACAGAUCAAGACCGGAGCUCCUUGCAGAUCAGAGCGUCUUGCUAAAUACAACCAGCUUCUCAGGAUAGAAGAAGAGCUAGGAUCUGCUGCAGUCUAUGCUGGAGCAAAUUUCAGAGCACCGGUUGAACCUUAUUAGGGCACUACCAGGCUGCCUGUUUUUAUCGGGCGCUAUCUUGUUAUUUAGUCUUGAGGCAGUAUUUUAAUAAGCACAUCGAAUCUGUACGCAGGAACAUGGUUUUUGCAUUGCAGAUUACGGUUCUUACCAGCAGAGAAGUUGAAAACCUGAUUCUGUAAAAUUGUUUUUACAUACCCCGAGUUAGUUUUUAUGUGGGAAUGAUACCUUGAGUUUGAUUUUGUUUGUUAAUGCGAUGCUUGAGUUCCGUCUCUACGAAGGAAAUCCUUCAGCACUCAUAGCCUUUGAGCUGAUAUAGUCUAUUAAAUAAUCAAUUUUAUAAUA